AUGAGUACUUUACGUGAACGUCAACUCAAUGCUCUAAAGCAAAUGCUGAAUUUGAAUCAGCCUCUCACAAAAAGCGUGGCGUGUGAACCGACAUGGAAAGUAUUAAUCUACGACAGAGUUGGCCAAGAUGUAAUAUCUCCUUUGAUAUCUAUUAAGGAGCUGCGUGAACUCGGCGUUACGUUGCAUGUGCAAUUGCAUUCAGACCGGGAUCCAAUACCAGAAGUACCAGCAGUAUACUUUUGUGCACCAACAGAAGAGAAUCUUGGCCGCAUAUGCCAAGAUCUGGACAAUGGCAUCUAUGAUCAAUAUCAUUUAAACUUCAUAUCACCCAUCACAAGGCAAAAACUUGAAGAUCUUGCAGCAUCAGCUAUACAGUCUAACUCAGCAGUGAAUAUUCACAAAGUGUAUGACCAGUAUUUGAACUUCAUAUGUCUAGAAGAUGAUCUUUUUAUUAUGAAGCAUCAACAAUCAGAUUCUUUAUCUUAUUACUCUAUAAAUAGAGGUGACACCAAAGACACAGAAAUGGAAGCUAUAAUGGACAGUAUAGUUGAGAGCUUAUUCUCAGUAUUUGUGACAUUAGGUAAUGUUCCUAUAAUAAGAAGCAGCAAAGGCAACGCUGCAGAAAUGGUUGCAAAAAAACUGGAUAAGAAAUUACGAGAGAACUUGUGGGAUGCCAGAAAUAAUCUUUUUCAUGGCAAUACUGGUCAAGUUGGUUCUUUUAGUUUCACACGGCCUAUGUUAAUAUUACUCGACAGGAACCUUGAUAUGGCAACCCCUUUACAUCAUACUUGGACAUACCAAGCUUUGGCUCAUGAUGUACUGGAUUUGUCACUAAACAGAGCAGUGGUUCCCGAAAAUACAGGAGCGGCACCCAUCGCUGGGCAGAAAGCUAAAACACGAGUGUGUGACCUUGACUCUAAAGAUCCUCUAUGGACAGAGCAUAAAGGAAGCCCAUUCCCAACAGUGGCUGAAGCAAUACAAGAAGAUCUCGAUAAAUAUAGGAGCUCAGAGGCGGAAGUAAAGAAACUAAAAAGCUCUAUGGGUUUAGAUGGAGAAAGUGAUUUAGCACUAAGCAUGGUGAGUGAUAAUACUCAACGACUGACCAGUGCUGUGAAUUCCCUCCCUCAACUAAUGGAAAAGAAAAGACUUAUCGAUAUGCAUACCACUAUUGCAACUGCCAUCUUAAACGCUAUCAAAUCAAGGCGGCUGGACUCGUUUUUUGAAUUAGAAGAAAAGAUAAUGAGCAAAAGCAGUAGUGUGGAAAGUAAAGCUGUUAUGGACUUAAUAUCAGACCCAAGUGCUGGGACAGCAGAAGACAAAAUGAGACUGUUUGUUAUUUAUUAUCUAUGCACAUCACAAAUACCUGAUGACGAAUAUAAGAAGUUUGAAGCUUCACUUGCAAGCGCCAAUUGCGAUAUCAAUCCCAUGGCGUAUAUGAGGAGGUGGAAAGGUUUCACGAAAAUGUCGAGUCAAUACGAGGGUGGCGGUACAAAAACUGUUUCCAUGUUCUCCAAACUAGUCUCUCAAGGAUCUUCAUUUGUAAUGGAAGGAGUUAAGAACUUGGUUGUCAAGAAACACAAGCUGCCGGUGAGCCGCGUGGUGGAGGCGGCGCUGUGCGGCGAGGCGGCGGAGCUGUCGUGGCUGGACCCGCGCGCCGCGCGCACCGACGCGGCCGCGCGAGCCCGCGCCGCGCGCCAGCCGCCGCCCAGCGACGCCGUCGUCUUCCUCGUCGGCGGCGGCAACUACAUCGAGUACCACAACCUGCUCGACUUCGCCAAGCAACAAGCGACAAGUGGAACCCCAAGGAAAAUAAUAUACGGCGCCACGACCCUUCCCAACGCGUCUCAAUUCUUGAAGCAACUCUCACUGCUCGGCGAGGAAAUCCAAUAA